CAUGUUGGUGUGGCUGAAGGAUUGGCAGGCGAGGCCUAGCGUCGGAGCCUUGAAGCCGGGUGGAGUGUGCGGGAGGGGGCGCUACUCCUCCGACGUCAGCUGUGUUGCGCUUUGAAGCUUUGGCAGCUUCGCCCUCCGACUAUGGCUGCACGGUCGGUCAUUCUCGGUAUCGACCUGGGCACUACGUCUGUGAAAGCGGCCCUGGUGGAGUCCGCGCCCGGCGACCCAUCCGGGUUCUUGGUACUGGCGAGCUGUGCCCGGGCUGCGCGGGCCGAGGCAGCGGCCCAGAGCGCUGCGGCAGGGCCCCAGGGGCGGGAGCAGGAUGUAAGCAGAAUCAUCCAAGCCCUAAAUGAGUGCCUUGCUGCCCUUCCUCAGCAGUUGCUCCAGGAGGUCUGUGGCAUUGGAGUAUCAGGACAGAUGCAUGGAGUCAUGUUUUGGAAAACAGGCCAAGGCUGUGAAUGGACAGAGGGAGGGGCCUCCCCUGUGUUUGAGCCCAGAGCUGUGAGCCACCUGGUCACAUGGCAGGAUGGCCGGUGUAGCAGCGAGUUCCUGGCUUCUUUGCCCCGGCCAGAGUCCCAUCUCAGUGUGGCCUCAGGGUUUGGCUGUGCAACCAUCUUCUGGCUUUUGAAGAAUAGCCCAGAGUUCCUGAAGUCCUAUGAUGCAGUGGGCACCAUCCAUGACUAUGUGGUUGCCAUGUUGUGUGGCUUGCCAAGAUCCCUGAUGUGCGACCAGAAUGCUGCUAGCUGGGGAUAUUUCAACACUCAGAGCCAAAGCUGGAACUUGGAGAUAUUGAGGACCUCAGGCUUUCCCAUCCACCUGCUCCCAGACAUCGCUGAGGCCGGCAGCUUGGCGGGCAGAACUUCCCGUGCCUGGUUUGGAGUCCCAAAGGGGACGCGGGUGGGCGUGGCCUUGGGUGAUUUACAGGCCUCCGUCUAUUCCUGUAUGGCCCAAAGGACAGAUGCGGUUCUCAACAUCAGCACCUCUGUUCAGUUGGCAACCUCCAUGCCUCCAGGAUUCCAGCCGGCACAGACUCCAGACCCAACAGCUCCAGUCACCUACUUCCCAUACUUUGACAGGACCUACCUGGCGGUGGCAGCGUCGCUCAAUGGGGGCAAUGUGCUGGCCACGUUUGUCCACAUGCUGGUACAGUGGAUGGCCGAUCUAGGUCUGGAGGUCGAAGAACCCACUGUAUAUUCGUGCAUGAUCCAGGCAGCUGCACAGCAGAGAGACACCUGCCUAACUAUCACUCCAACGGUGUGGGGCGAGAGGCACCUGCCGGACCAGCUGGCCUCAGUGACCAGAAUCUCCUCCUCUGAUCUCUCCCUGGGUCAUGUGACCCGGGCCCUGUGCCGAGGCAUUGUUCAAAACCUGCACUCCAUGCUUCCAUUUCAACAGCUCAAGGAGUGGGGUGUGGAGCGGGUGAUUGGCAGUGGGAGUGCGCUGUCCAGGAACGAGGUUCUGAAGCAGGAAGUGCAGAGGGCGUUCCCUUUCCCAGUGUCCUUUGGGCAGGAUGUGGACGCAGCUGUGGGGGCAGCUCUGGUCAUGCUCCGGAGGAACCUUAACCAGAAGGAGUCUUAAUACAUUCUUUGGCCAAAGGACUUGCAAAUUUUAUCUAAUUAGCAAUUCUCACAUGACCUUGGGGUCAUCCUUUUCCUGGACACGUUUGUGGGCAGCUUUUUUUUUUUUUUUAACGUUUAUUUAUUUUUGAGACAGAGAGAGACAGAGCAUGAACGGGGGAGGGUCAGAGAGAGGGAGACACAGAAUCCGAAACAGGCUCCAGGCUCUGAGCUGUCAGCACAGAGCCCGACGCGGGGCUCAAACUCACGGACCGUGAGAUCAUGACCUGGGCCAAAGUCGACCGCUUAACCGACUGAGCCACCCAGGCGCCCCUGUGGGCAGCUUUUAAGCAAAGCUUGUUCUCAGGGCAUCAUCUUGACCAAGAACCUACCUUCAGGGCAUACUCUAAUAAUGCAGCCAGGACUCAUCAACUGGAUCCCAAAUCAGUACUUUCCAAAAGAGACUCACCUGGGAACUGGUCCCAAAUAUAAAUAUGGUGAAGAGAGAGAGAGAGAGAGAGAGAGAGAGAAAGAGAGAGAGAGAGAGAGAGAGAAAGAAAAGGAACAGUACCCCAGCAUCCCGGUCAGCAGGCUCAUCUAUGACUCACCUGUAGACAAAGAGAAAAUAAAUAUGGACUUUAGGCACCAAAAAGUCUGGUGACUGUGCACUCAAAGUAAGAAAAGAAGACUCCCCACCCCCACCCCCCACCCCCACCCCCCCGCCAAUCCAGCUUUUGGAUUGUUUUUAAAAGGACAUGAAACCCAGGCUUGGGUCACAUGCACUGUUGGAAAAGUCCUUCCCUACUGGAUUGUGCCAUGUGACCCUGAGGUCCCUUUCUCACUCUUGUUCUCCCUUGGCCACAGCUGGUUAUAGCUGAGGCAGGGGGUCGCCCAGGGCAGUAAAGCAGACUGGCUGAGAUGAAGAUGCAGGGAUCCAUGCUGCCUUCUCACCAUGCACUUCCCCUCCAAGGACAGCCUGCUGCAGUGGAGCUGCUCCAGAUCCUUAACACAACUGGCUCAAAGGCACAGAACAGGGAAGGAAAGGUGGGUGGCAUGACCAGCAAGGGGGACGGAUGCUAUGUGGCCCCACCAUUCAAGCACAUUGUUCCCAAUAGUCUGACCAGGCAGGACCCUUUUUUGGGGGUGUGUCUGGGCAGCAGUGUAUUUUUCUCCUGCACAUUCUUGGGAGGCCUUCCAAGGGAAGGGAUGCAGCUGGGCAUGCUCCUGUCAGAGAGGAUGGUCAGUUUAAUCAGAGAGAACCCCUUAUCCUGCAGGCCCUAGAUUUUCUUUCUCUUGGUGUCGGCCUUACUGGCCUACCAUGUGUUUCUGGACUGCAGAAACAUCCCACUGGAGUCAGCAUCCAUGUGGGGGUCCCAGAGCAUCUUAAACCUUUCUGUAGUUGGUAGGGAUGACCAUGGAAUGGCUCCAGGAAAAGGCUGUCAUUCCUGCAUCUAGUUCCAGACUCCUAAGAGUGAUCCCAAGGCUCAGGCAGGCCUGACUCUGAGACUCCUAGGCAACUAUGAGUUUGGGAAGUGGCCAUGUUGUUUCUUUGUAAAGGUCACUUUAUGAAUUAUGUGGUUGUCUGAGCUCUUAGAUUAAUCUGCCUUGCCAUGCUGAUUGGAUUUCAGAUACUAAAGCUCAUUCUUUCAGAGCUUUGUCCCUUUAAUAAGACACACCUGUCUGCUUUGGGAACACUGUAAAUUAUGGCAUAGCUGUAGGGCUUGGUUUGGCAGGUUGGACAUAAGGAUCAUUUGUAGGUUGUUCUGUAGAAAACCCCACCUGCUCCAUGAUUGUACCAGGACAAGUAGCUGAAGAUCACUCGGGAAAGUCGUGUGAGUUUUCUCUCAGCCAAGAUAAGUUGACACCAUUAUUCUGGAGCCCCUAUGGAAGGCCUUUGAGAGAGGUCACCUUGGGAUAGGCCGAAGGAUAACAGAUAGCCUGUCCAUCAGGAGGAGUUGGCCCUCUGACUCCUGGGAGGCAGCCUGUCUUGUAUUCUCAGGGUGCUAUGGAUGGAGCCUGUAAAUGUAGGAUUAGGAACUGGAUGCAAGGCCAGGUAGCCCAGACCAGUGCCCAGUGCGGUGCCGGAACCCUCUGUUCCCUUUCCACAUGUCCACUCUAUCUCUGAGGGCUGAGCCUUGCGCAGUCCAAGCUUGCCAGCUAAAAGCUCUGUUACUGUUUUUAUUGCACAGGCCUGGAGCCUCUGCAGUGGGGUUGAGCACAGCUUCCAGGGCCUCAUUUCUUCAGCCUGAAAUCAUAAACCACUCACUGCUUUUGCCGUCAUUCCCUGGAGGUACCAGUAAGUGUUUGAUACCAGUGUGAUCCUCAGAUGAGGAACUGGCCUUUAGGACUGUUUGCCCGUAUCCUGAUCUUACGAGCAGGUGGUAGACUUGCACUUUCUCCCCAGAUUUGCUUCGGCCAGCAAAAUGUGACCAGCAAAAUGUGACCAGAAGUGUUCUACUUCUAAGCAGAGGUCCUUAGGAGCCAGUGUGUGAUUUUCCACACCGUUCCCUUUGCCAGGAGUGACUGGUGGUGUCCCAGAGAAUGGAGGCUCUGUCAGCCUGCGUUCCAUGUUAGGGCACUAUGGUGUAGAACCCUCACCAACAAAUGUGCAACAUGAAAUGUGACUGAGAAAUAAACCUUUGAUGUUUGAAGCCA